AUGGCGUUAAUGUCUCUUAUUCCGCCUAUUACUUUCAUGAUUACUGAUAGAGCUCUCAGCUGGACUUUAGACUCUGCAAACAAAUUUGAUAUCCCAAGGCUCUCCUAUCAUACAAUGAGCCCAUUUUCCACGUGCAUGGGACGUUCCUCCUGUGCACUUCUUCGGAUAGAAUUGUCCGACAAUGAGCCUUUUACAACUACUUUAAUACUAGAUGUAGUCCUAGCAUGGUGCAUUGGACCAUCUUGUGAGCAACAAAAAGCACAAUUAGUGAAACCAGCUUCGCACAUCAUGAAAUGGCUUGACGAAAUGCUACAACAAGGGAAGCUAGUUUUGUACGUGGCAUUCGGGACCCAAGCACAGAUAUCACCUGAACAAUUCAAGGAAAUUAAAAUUGAGUUGGAGAAAUCCCAAGUCAAUUUCUUGUGGGUUGUCAGGAGAAAUACUAUAGCUGAUGAAGUUAACGAUAGAGUAGGGUUUGAUUUUAAAGAUAGAGUGAAGAAUAGGGGACUGGUGGUGACAGAGUGGGUUGAUCAAAUCGAAAUCCUGAGUCACGAGAGCGUUCAAGGGUUUUUAAGCCAUUGUGGUUGGAACUCGAUAAUAGAGAGCAUAUGCGCAAAUGUUCCAAUACUAGCAUGGCCUAUGAUGGGGAACAACAUCUAA